AUGGCGAACAGCACAGACCCUUUGGCGCGGAACGUUCGAGGCACUAACCCGCAGAACCUGUUGGAGGCAAUCACGCGAAAAAAGGUGUACGAGACGCUGUACUGGAAAGAGAAGUGCUUCGCAGUCAGUGCAGAGUCACUCGUGGAUCUCGCGAUGGAUUUGAAAACAUGUGGCGGACUGUGCGCGGGAAAGCACAAGGCGUCGGAAUUUCUAUGCUUAACUCUGAAGUUGCUGCAAAUUCAGCCUGAGACGGAGAUCGUGCUUGAGUUCAUCACAAAUGAAAACCACAAAUAUAUCCGGCUUCUUGGUGCAUUUUACUUGCGCCUGGUUGGCAAACCCGUGGAUGUGUAUCGAUAUCUAGAGCCUUUGCUAUAUGACUAUCGAAGGAUACGGUACAAAAAUUCACGAGGUGUCUGCGAAGUGAAGCAUGUUGAUGAGCUAGUGAACGACCUUCUGUGCAAGGAUAACUUCUGCGACGUCGUCUUGCCUCGCAUACCACGUCGCCCAGCCUUGGAAGGUGCCGGUCACUUGAUGCCUAAGACAGGACGGCUCGAUCUUUUCAACAAAACGCUUAUCGUCCGAGACAAUCUCGGGGCAAAUCCAAUUCAUAGGGCAAGUCAGGGAAACGCCAAGCAACGGCCUAUAAGUAAGGCGGAAUGUUCAGGUGCACGCGAUCAUAGUCAAGGUCAUCUAUUACCUGACGAUAAUGAAGAAACUGGUCGCGGUGCAAGCGCCUGGAGCAAUCUUCGUGAUGCAUUCGGUGACCCCUCAUUUGUGAAGAAGGAGAGAAGUGCCAAUGUAGAGAUUGAACCGCGACCGAAAAAGCCCAGAACCAAGAUGCAAAAUGAGAGUUAG